AUGAUGAAACCCCAUUACUCAAUGUUGAAGAAGCACGAUGACUUGUUCCAGUACAGCGAGAACGGUCUUCGUGCUUUCAAGAACUCUGCUCUCCACCAGGUGGAUCAAUUGAUGAACACCAUGAUGAUGAAGCUGUCAGUGUUGUUGCUGCUGGCUCUGCAGACUGCAGGACUCCUGUCCAAAGAUCUGGACAUCGGGAACAACACAGAGGACAUAGAUGAUGGCGAGCCUGAAAUCAACGCUAACCAAUCGAUGCCAGCAGAUGUGCUGCUGAGGCUUGCCAAAUUAAGUCCGAACACGCAGGUCCAGUCUUCCAACAACACUGCUAACGUCGGCACCGUCCUGGAAUGGGUGACCUGGAACAACUCUCUACCCAACAAUUCUGUCUCAAUUGACAAUUGGUACGCUCAUCGCAUUGACUAUGUCUGCAAAUACAAGUGUAACGCUGGCUUUUAUAACCCCGACAUGGGCGCUUAUUGCCGCUAUCCCAGUGGAAAACAUACAUAUCUUGGUUCCCCGUUUGAGGUCCUGGUAAACAACGGUAACUUUGAGAUCCUGGAGUGGAAUGGUGAUUCGCACGGUUCAGUGCCCAAGAAUUCAGUCAGGAUCUGUCCCGGGCAAGAUGUGUAUGUAGGGAAGGACAAAUAUGGACUUGGGGAGGUGAUUACUCAGGAUAAACACUUCUACUUGCCUUGGAAGUGGUCUGUGUAUAAGUACCACGACUACCAGGUCCUGACCAUCAAUAAGAAUGUAGUCAGCCAGCGGAUCUACGAUGUCAAGUACAACACUGACAACUCAAAGAUACUCAAUUAUCCUCCAGAGACAUUGCGGGAAACUUCCAUCAACAACUAUGAGUGCCACCCAGUGGUGAACACGGCUACCCUCUCAAAGACAACGGAGGUGGAGCACAGGUGGGACAUUGGCUUUUCCAUUGCAGUCGGUGUUGAAACUACCAUCAAGGCCGGAAUUCCCCUCGUUUUCUCCACAGGUAUUACAUUUAGCACCGAGGAGACGUUCAAGUUCUCCUGGCAAAACACAGUGGUGACGUCCAGCACUGAAACUAUCUCUGUGCAGCUCACCGCCCCACCAAACAACUCCUGCAUGGCUCGGAUGGUGCAGUUUAAGUACAAAAUUAGCAUCCCGUUCACAGCAUUCCUCACACGCACAUACGCUAACGGAGAGACCCGCACGAUGUUGAUCACAGGAACGUAUAACAGCGUUCAGGUUAAAGAAGUCCAGGCUGUGACGAAUCGAUGUGAAACUCUAGAGAACGCUGAGCCCUGUUUAUGUAAUUUAAGAAGUACCAUAUGAUGUUUGACAUACCAUAUGUCUGAUCAGUCCCUUGAUUUUGCAGAUUUUCUCAAAAAUUGUGAUAGAAAUUUAAAUGUU